UCUAACUACAACAAAGAGCUUCAGCUCUUUUAGAGCCAUCACACAGAAGACAAACACAGGGGUUAUUAUAGACUAUUCAUAUUUAAUGAAAAAAAAAAAAAAUAGGCAUUUUUUUUGAUAAACACUCCAAAUCCGAACAGACUCAGGUACAUGCAGUGCAACAGCCCUGGAAUGAGGAAGAGAUCUCAGAAGAAACUACACAUUCAGAAGAAGGCAGUCGUCGGAUACACAGCCUCAACCUCAGAGUUCACUGAACUUCUGAUACCUGAGACAGCCACUUUAUCAGCAGUGACACAUGACAUUUUUUAAACCUGCCAGCGAAAGGAGAACUUUCACUUGACCUUACUUAAUGCCAUGGACUUACGUUUAUCUGCUGCCCAGCUUUUAAAAUGGACCUGAUGGAUCUUCUAUGGAUUUAUGUCGGGUGAAAAUAAAGUUCUUUGUUAAUUAAAUGUCAACACUUUUGGACAAUCCUAUAUGUAAAAGACUGACACUUCUUGAUGGUCUGGACUUACCUGGUGUACGGCUUUUGACAUGGAAUUCAAAUUUCACCCAACCGUUUUUUCAACCUUUUUCAUCCUCAUUUUUUAAAGAAAAAACAAUAUUUCCUGAUGACGUGAACAGGACGCACAUAUCUUCUGUGUUGCGGAAUUUAAGUGACUAAAAUAAAAUAGAUAAAUUUUUCUUUUUGAACCAUCCUAAGUAUAAGUACAUUUUACAAAAUGAAGGACUGUUACUUUUCGCGGUUACGGACAUAGUUGCUCAACUCCAACUUAAAAAAGCAUCUUUAGGUCGACAUUAAAUGUCAAAAUCAUCAAAUCAAUCAUUUCCUCGUCCAACAUGAUUUGAAGACAUGUAUCAAAUCAUGAGCUAGGGUUGUACAAUAUUGGUUAUUAUUCGUUACUAAUGCAUCAACUGCUUCAGUUUAGACGUCACAGAAAGCUGCAAUAAUAAUCCUGAGUCAUUACGUUGGAAACGUUAUUGUGUAGUCCUAGAAAACACCAGGUAAUAGUGAAAGCAGUAAAUGUUAGAUGUAAAGCAGCGUGAGUCAUGUGUGCACAGCAGCUGGUGCUAAGGCAGAGAACAGAACUGUUGGGGGCACUGUGCUGUGGUGGCACCGCUGAACCUUUGGAUUCUGUGCUGGACCUGCUGCUGUCAUGGGAUGUCCUUGUUUGGGAAGACUACCACAACAUUCAGGGCUCCUCCAAACCCAUCUGCUCAAAAACUAGAGAACUUCUGGACUUGGUGUACACUAAAGGAGAUGAUGCAUGCAGCCUGCUGCUGGCAGCUUUUAAUCAAGUCUUACCCGAGGCCCAGAAAGUUGGACUUUGCUUCGGGAAAGUUAAUCCAACCCAAAGGGACAUCAAAAAGACUCCUACAAGCGCCUGUGAGGCUUUGCUGAUUGACAGACCAGCACUUGUGAAGAAGAUUCGGGAUCAUCUCGACGGGGUGCUGGAUGCUCUGGUGGAAGCUGGUUGCUUUACUUCACAAGACUGUGAUGAAGUGCAGUUACCCGUGUACACACCUUCGCAAAAGGCCAGGAAGCUGUUAGACCAAGUGAGGUUCAAAGGGGAGGGAGCUGCCAACACUUUACUGCAAGAUCUACAGCACAUAGACACCAAGCCACAAUGUGUCAACGUGGAAAAGCAACUCUCGACAGAAUGCCUCACCUACCAGAAGAAGCUGCACAGCUCUGUUGCCGCUCAGUCAUAUGUUCUCAGCACAUAUGGUGGAACAGGAAGGUUUUCCCUAGAUGAUAUCUAUACUGAUGGCCUCCUAGAAGUGGUGCAAAGUGACAGACAGGUUACAGCUGUGGGGCUGCAAGAUGUGGUGGGUCCAGUUGGGACUCUUAAUAAGGAAGCCGAUACAAUACUUGUUUGUGGAGAAGCAGGUACUGGUAAGAGUACCUUGCUGCAGCGACUCCACCUACUGUGGGCCCGAGGUACCUUGUUGACAGACGUUAUCAUGCUGUUCCCUUUCAGUUGCCGUAAACUGAAUACUGAGCAGAAGCUACUCUCCUUAAAAGAGCUCCUGUUCCAGCACUGCUGCUGGCCGGACCAGGGUCAAGAUGAAAUUUUCCAGUUCAUUCUUGACCACCCUGAACUAGUCCUUUUCACCUUUGAUGGGCUUGAUGAGUUUAGGCAGAGCUUCACAGAUGAAGAGCGUCAUUGUUGCCCCACACAGCAAGCACCUGUACACACUCUGCUUUUCAACCUGCUUCAGGGUACCUUAAUGAAAGGAGUGAAGAAAGUGGUAACCAGCAGGCCUCAAGCAGUCGGUCUAUCUCUGAAGCAGUAUCUCUGCAAAGAAGUCCUGGCCAAGGGUUUCUGUCCGGUGGGAAUCGACCACUUUGUAAGGAAACACCACAAUGAUGCCACUGUUGCUACUAGAGUUGUAGAGGCCCUUAAGGCUAACACAGCCCUACUUGGGCUUUGCCAUAUUCCUGUGUUCUGCUGGAUUAUAUCAAAGUGUUAUAAAGAGCUACUUGGGUGUGGGGAAGGCAGCCCUCAGACGGUCACCGAUGUGUACCUCAUGGUUCUGAAACAUUUCAUCCAGAAGCGCAUGACCCAGAAACACAGGACUUUGGGAAAGGGAUGGCUACAGGAACAUCUAGAGAUGGUGAGAAGACUAGGACAGUUGGCACUGGAAGGGUUGGAGACUUCCUGUUACAUUUUCACCGAGUCAAACUUGCUGAAAUGUAGCAUCACGAAACAGGACCUUGAUCUGGGCUUCCUUAUAGAGUGUAAAGACCUCUCGGACGCUACUGACUGCAAACACUUUGAGUUCCUGCAUAUCACCAUGCAGUGUUUCUUUGCUGCUAUAUAUAUUGUUCUUAACAACAAUGGCAACUGCUCUGCCAUCCAAAAUCUCUUUCAGUCUCAGUGCAAACCCCCCACAGCUGGUAGUCACAACUGUCUUGCACACUGCAUGAAUCCUGGAGCUGAGGACCGGAAUGUAGCAGAGACCCCAAACCUGCAGAUCACCUUGGAGUUUGUUGCAGGACUUUUGUCCCAGCGCUAUCGCAGUCUCCUUGUACAGUCUUGUCCUGCUGUCUUGCUCGAGAAAAAGUCCAAGCAAGUCAUGAAGUGUUUGUCCAAGGGUAUGCAGAGACAUUUCAAAUCAAUCCCUCCACCAGUGAAGGGUGAAAAGAAGAGCAUGCAUGCAAUGCCGGGUUUUGUGUGGCUUAUUAAGUGCAUCUAUGAGAUGCAGGAAAGCCAGAUUGCCAAGAAUGCAAUGGCAAGGCUAGAAAUAGAACACCUUAAGUUAAUAUAUUGUAAUAUUGGACCAGUGGAAUGCACUGCUCUGGCUUAUGUACUCAGGUACCUGCAGAAUCCUGUCGGUAUACAGCUGGACUUCAACUCAGUGGGGGAUGUAGGAUUGGAACAACUCUUGCCAUGUCUUCACAUCUGUCGCUCCCUCUAUUUGAGGAACAAUAACAUAUCAGAUGAAGGAAUACGCAAGCUUGUUGAGAAAGGAGUGCAAUGCGAGUGCUUCGAAAAAGUAGCGCUCUUCAACAACAAAUUAACAGAUGACUGCACAAAGCAUUUUGCCAGGCUGCUUAAGGCAAAGAAGAGCUUCCUUGCAUUAAGACUUGGAAACAAUGACAUCACAUCACAGGGGGCCGAGCAGCUGGCGGAAGGGCUGAGGUGCAACACGUCCCUGAAGUAUCUCGGGCUGUGGGGAAACAAAAUCGGAGACAAAGGCGCCGAGGCUUUAGCUGAUGCACUGAAGGACAGCACCUCGCUGGUAUGGUUAAGCCUGGCGUAUAACAGGAUAGGUGAUGCAGGAGCACAUGCCUUAGCUGAGCUUAUCAAGAAAAGCACAACACUUCUGGAGCUCUGGCUGAGCGAAAACCGCAUUAGCAGGGACGGAGUGGAGUUUCUGAUCAAGGCUCUGAAAGCGAACCCUACUGUAAAGGAAGUGUGGUUGAGAGGAAAUAACCUGAGCGCCGAGGAGGUAAAGGAACUUAGCGAGCGAGAAAGCAGACUCAUCUUCUAAAGGAUUUGAUUAUCAGAGCUGUAUUUUCAAAGCGACUUUUCCCUCUUCCCGUUGCCUUCAGGAAAUUCAGAUGAUGCCUCUUCCUGCUGAAGAGAAAGCUUGUGGAAUGUACCAAAUUUUCCCAGCAGUGUUUGUGUUCAGGUAACAGGGUUGAGAAAAAGUUUUGGCAGACUAAAAUGUACAUAACAUACAAUUACUGAGUAAUGGAGAUAAAUGAAGGUUACAUGUAUUUACACUUUAGUUGUUCAAGUGUACAGUAGUUUGAAGAGGCAGAAGCUGUGUCUUUUUCCGGUAAAGUAUAUUUGGUACAUUUUAUUUAUUAUAGGGUAUUAAAGCAAAACAUGUAAAUAGAUGUUUGUCAAGAGCACUUUUUUUUUUUGGAAUCUUACAUGUAAUAUUUGUAACAUCCAGUUAUUUCCUAACACAUGGUCUUCUGUACACCACUGUUUUUCUUGAGAGUGUACUGUAUA